GGUGACGGCUCGAUGGAUUCCAGUGGAUGACAGGUGGGAUAGGAGGGGCCAUCUGACAUGUGGGGCAGGCCCUGAACAGGAAGAGGAAGCUAAGGAAGCUUCUGGAAUGCUCCUGGGGUGACUGGUUGGCUGUCCUUCCCAUCACUCACUCUCUGGCCCUAUCGGAUCCCUCUUCACGUGACCACACCCAGCCCUUCUCAACCGACCCCAUGAUGGAACCUGCCAAAGUCCAGUCCGAAGGCGGGCUGAAUGUCACCCUCACCAUCCGGCUCCUCAUGCAUGGCAAGGAGGUUGGUAGCAUCAUUGGAAAGAAAGGAGAAACAGUCAAGAAAAUGCGUGAGGAGAGUGGAGCCCGCAUCAACAUUUCAGAAGGGAACUGCCCAGAGAGGAUAGUGACCAUCACCGGCCCCACUGAUGCCAUCUUUAAGGCCUUUGCCAUGAUCGCCUACAAGUUUGAAGAGGACAUCAUCAACUCCAUGAGCAACAGCCCUGCCACCAGCAAACCACCUGUCACCCUGCGCCUAGUGGUCCCGGCCAGCCAGUGCGGUUCCCUCAUCGGGAAAGGGGGCUCCAAGAUUAAGGAGAUGAGAGAGUCCACGGGAGCCCAGGUGCAGGUGGCGGGGGACAUGCUGCCCAACUCCACAGAGAGAGCAGUCACCAUCUCGGGCACGCCAGAGGCCAUCAUCCAGUGUGUCAAGCAGAUCUGCGUGGUGAUGCUGGAGUCCCCCCCCAAAGGUGCCACUAUCCCCUACCGGCCCAAGCCUGCCGCUGCCCCCGUCAUCUUCACCGGCGGCCAGGUGAGGGCGGCCGACCCUCUGGCUGCCUCGUCCACAGCCAACCUCAGCCUGCUGCUUCAGCACCAGCCACUGCCUGCUUACACCAUUCAGGGACAGUAUGCCAUUCCACACCCAGACCAGUUGACCAAGCUUCACCAGUUGGCUAUGCAGCAAACCCCCUUUACCUCCCUCGGGCAGACCACCCCCGCUUUCCCUGGUGUGGAUGCCAGUCCACAGGCCAGUACUCAUGAGCUCACCAUUCCCAAUGAUCUAAUAGGCUGCAUAAUCGGGCGCCAGGGAACCAAAAUCAACGAGAUCCGACAGAUGUCUGGGGCACAGAUCAAAAUUGCUAACGCCAUGGAAGGGUCAUCCGAGCGCCAGAUCACCAUCACUGGAACCCCCGCCAACAUCAGCCUUGCCCAGUAUCUCAUCAAUGCCAGGUUCAGGGAUGUGGCGGCCAUGUGGACUGACCCCUCCUCCAUGACGACUUCCUGAAGACCCUGACGUUGCUCCCUCUCCCUCGAAGCCCGCGACGGAUGACCCUCCCACGUCGAUACAGCACUAUUGGAAAAACAAACCACUCCCUUCCUCCGCCCAUUUUUCUCUUUUUUGGACCUUCUCAGCCUCCAUAACGACCUGAGCAAUCAACCCCAACUGAAGCUUUAUUCUCAGGAAGUUUAUACGGC